AUGGAUAUUUUUCUUAUAGGGGACAACCAGACCAAUGCAUUAUCGUGUGUGCUGCUAGAUGAGUUGUUGGAGAAGAAUGUGAGAAAGCUCGAUUUAAGUCCGGAUGGGAUUUACAGUAUUGUUCGGAUAAAUGAUCUUAAAAACUCACGUGGGCUCAUCUUGUUUAAGGAGCUUCGCCAGGGUACCAGGCUCUUUAAUUUGUUGGCAAAUAGGUAUUAUGAGCAUGAAGUAUUAGUAUACUUUUGCCUCGAAGAAGGAUAUCUCAUCAAUGGUUUUGUGAAGGUGUUUAUCAAUGUUCCCAGCUGGUUUCUAGCUUACAAUAAAGAACCAAGAGCAAGUUUGUGUUUGUUGGUUCGACAAGGGCUAUCGAGACUUCUGGAUUGUGGUGUAUUUGUUGUUGCCUUUGCCGAGUACUUCGUUUCUGAGGAGAUCAUCAACGUUGAGACGUUUGACGUACAUAUCGAGAGACUUAGGUUCUGUUACUACCUUUUUUCGUGGAAGGAUGAAGUAGGAAAACAAUUCUGA